GUGCUUCUUGCAACGUCUUUCAAAAGAUGCGUGUCGCAAUUUUAAUAGAUAUAGUUGUAAUCGGCUUACAACAGAAUCAAUUCUGCAAUUAGUGUACGAGUUGUAUCCUUCGUCAGUCUAAAACAUAUAAAAAGCAUGUAAUAAUGUGCUGCAAUAAACCUUUGUUAUUAUUAAAAGCUUUAAGGGCACAUUCAAAAACCGAGGAAUGUUUGUGAAAAUCUUGAAUAUAUGUGACUAUAGUGUUUUGAGUAAAAUUUUCCUUGAAAAAAAAGUUUUAGAACAUAGCCUAAAUAUAGAAACUUACCUGUCCCAGAUAGCACAUGAUAUUCUCAGUAUAUUCUAAAUUAAUACGAAAUCUCCCAUGUAUAUACAUAACAUUCUGAUAAUAUACUGAUAAUAUCGUACGCAGUAUAUAAUGUUUUUAGAAUGUUUCGUAGAUUCUCAGUAUAUUCUAAAUUAAUACGGAAUCUCCAAUAUAUAUACAUAACAUUCUAAUAAUAUACUGUUAAUAUUGUACGUAGUAUAUAAUGUUUUUAGAAUGUUUCGUAGAUUCUCAGUAUAUUCUGAAUUAAUACGGAAUCUCCAAUAUAUAUACAUAACAUUCUGAUGAUAUACUGUUAAUAUCGUACGUAUAUAUUUUACACUCCGGAAAGAAUUGAUGAUCGUGGAUUUACGUAUACUCACGGACUUUUAGGGCCCCCGCACAGACUUUCGCAUAACGCAUAAUAUAAAUGCACAAGAAAUUUGAUUGAUUGAAUUUCUUAUGCACUUUGCCUAUGGACUAAUCAAUUUGCUUAUGUACAUACGUUGUGCGUUAUGUAAAAGUCUGUGCGGAUGCCCUAAUUCUUUCCGAAUUUAAGAGAAAUUAUCUCUACUGCGCCGUCGCGGCGCGGCGCACGCGGCCGCGAUUGCGCUUCUCUAAUUGUUUAUUGUCUUUCCGCUUUUCGCCGUUUUGGUCUAUGCAACGCUGUAAUUUCGCGAUUUGGGUUUGUGAGAACAAAAAUUAAAACAAGAAUUUGAGCUGCAUCAAUAUAUUAACCGUGAAAACCGGGAUCAUUAUCAAUUUGUAGAUACAUAUACGAUUUGCGCUUCCUUAUAUUGAUCUGGUGUGAAUCUUCCGGAAGAUCUUUAGCAAGCAGAUUCUUACAAGAAGCUUGUAAGUACGCUUCUUCGAAUAAUAGUAUUACUUGAUACAUAAAUUUUGCAACAGAAUGCUAUGAUACAAAAAUGUUUGACAGUGCCUUAUGAGAGCAAUCUACAUGACUGCUACAAGAAUAUUUUACAGGUGCAGGUACGUAGUACAUGUUUCUUGCAAAAAUCUAUGUACAGAAUCUCGCGAAAGAUCAUGUAUGACUACUGGCAGAAGCUUGUAAGAAUAUCAGCAGGUUUACAGCUACUGGAGAAAUUGUUAUUUUGUCUAUGUGACACUGGUUCUAAAGUAUCGUUUGGCAUCACAGAAAAAAUAUCAAAAAAUAUUUGCAGAUAUAAAAUUCUUGUAGCAGUCUUACAGAUUGCUCUUGUAAGGCACUAGCAGACAUUUUUGCAUCGUAGUAUUUUAUUGUAAGAUUUGUAUCAGGUAAUACGUGGCACUAUACUGAUAUAUUGUUUCAUAUCUAUUCGCAUUUCAGCGUAUUCCCAAUAUAGAGACACGACUCACGCUUGGAGACUGUGGAUUUUGUUAUUACAAAAAUGUUUUAUAUUGAGUAAUUAGUUUUCUAUUGCUCGGUCAUUUGCAAAUGGCCCCUGAUAAGCAGCAUCAUCAUCUUCUAAAGGUAAUUUGUGUUUUUUUAACCUGCUUGCAUUAACAAAAUUCCUGUCUCUAAGAACAUUUUCAUAGCAAAAGGCUUCCACAGAGAAUAAUUUUUUGGGUCACGAAAAGCAUGAAGUAUCGUGUCUCUAAACAUGAAUAGAAUCCAAGCGUGACUCGUGUCUCCAUUGCAGGCACAAAAGGCAAAAGUAAACAUCGUGAUUUUCUUUUUUCACGAGUCUUUGCUAAUGCUUAUAAAAAUGUAUUUUGGAAUUACAACUGUAUAUGUGCAUUUGUAUAUAACUGUUGUUGAGCUUGGGUACGAUAACUUGCAAUGACUAUAUAUGUAUGUCAUCUUCAAGACCCAUACAGCACAGAGGGUUUCAGAAAGCUUUCAGAAAGGUUGAAAUAGUACUGAAAGCAAGGUUUCUGAAAGAUCCUGAAACAUUCUGCAGCUUUUUGAAAAAUUAUGUGCUGUAUGCGGAAUAACAAUCAUUUUAUAAUUCUCUUUGGGAUUGCCAUACGAUAUUCUGUAAUAUAAAAUUAAAGAAAUAUGUAAAAGCACAAAUACAUAUAGUUGUGUUAAAUCAAAACUGUAACCGUUGUUUUUCAAUUGCUGCACUCAUAAGUUUUAAAUAUUUCAUUUUAUUAUAAUACAAAUUUAAAUAUAUUUUUAAUUUUAAUUUUUAUAUUUUAUGAAUACAACCUUCAUUCACAGUUUCUCUAUUUUGAUCCUGAAAAUAAAAAAAUUAAAAUUAAAAUUUUGCACUACGAUUUAUUAUUAAGGGGUGCCUUGAGUGCUCGGAAAUGGUGUAAGGGAUGGAAUAAACAAUAAUGGAAUUUUACGUCAAAUUUUUGAAACAUACAUUUUUAUACUUCGUUCAACAAGAGACUGUAGCACCUCCGCGCAUAAGCGGGCCAAGUGGGGAGGACAUGACGCUCAGAGGGGCCCGAUACCACUUGUUACUGACUCUGGUAAGCUGCAUGAGCAAUAUAGCGGUGUGGAAGGGGGCUUUCUGGAGACGAGUUUUCGUCCGAGGGUGCUACAGUCUUUCGUUGAACGAAGUAUAAGUAGUUUCUUUACAGGAAUAUUCUUCCUUACGUUUGCUGCCGGAUGAAUCAAUACAAUUACAAUUUGUCUUGGAAUAAUACCCAACAUAAUUAUUGAAAUAUAAUGACACGAUUUGGAAGAUUAAAUACCUGUUAAAAUUUUAAAAUAAGCAUUUAAAAUUUUUGUAAUUUUUUGUAAAUUUUUGUGAAUUCUAUUUACAAGAGAUUUCAAACAUUUAUUUUGAAAUUUUGACAUAUUUCUAAUUGCCAAAUCAUGUCGCUAUUUCAAUAAUUAUUUUGCGUAUUAUUCGAAAGCGGGUCAUAAUAUUGAUUGUUACAUUGAUUCACCCGUGCAGUGAUAUAUAUUUUAUUUUUAAUUAGCCAUUUUGUUAAUAAAGUACUAAACAUUUAAAAAAUUUUAAUCGUCUUAUUAUAUAUGUUACUAAACUAAAGUUACCAGGAAAAAUUGUUUUGAUACUCACUUUUUAUGGUUGCGACACGCCCACUUGUUUAUUGAUAAAAAUGUCAAGUAUCCAUUCAAUUACUUAUGAUGUAACAUAGAUUAUAUCUGCAUUCAAUUUGUUGUUUCAUAGGAUUAAAAUUAGAUUAUUACACAAUAAAUUCCAAAUAAAUGGUACAAAAUGCGAAAAAGUAUUUGGAAUAUCUCUGAGAGACAGAUUCGUAGACUUGCGGAACAAGAAGCGAAUAUGAUAAUAGAUUCACAUUUUGAAUCGCUUCCGGAUGAGAAACCGCAAUAUAGUUCUACUGUUGUAAACUGCGAACAAAUAGGCAAACAAGUACUGACAGAUAUGGAAGUAGAUAGAUGUGGAGCUAUGGAAGAGGAAGAAGAGCAUAAUAAUCGGGACGUUGAAGAAUGGGAUAAGGUGGAAGAGAAGAAACAGGAGGAAGAAAUUGAAGAAGAAAAAUGGGAAUAUGAAGAAAUGACGGCUGAUGAAGAUCACAGAAUUAACGAAGUGAAUGAAGACCUUGCACAAGAUACAUUAACUGAGGAUGAAAGCGAUGACAAUAUUCGAGAACGAGAUAAUUUAAAAGAAUUUCUCGCAAAUUGGUCAGUUCAGUUUAAUAUCUCACACGUCGCAUUGAAAUCACUGCUAAAAAAAUUGAAAGAAUAUCCUGUUCACGAAAAUUUGCCUUUGGAUCCGCGAUCAUUGUUAAGUACGCCAAGAAAUAUAAAAAUAAGAAAUGUCCUUCCUGAAAAAUAUUGCCACGUAAGCUUAUCAAAGGGGAUAAAAUCUAUUGUAUCUCGUAUGUCGACUAUGCCGGAAGGUCUUAUCAAAAUAUCUAUCAAUAUCGACGGUUUGCCAUUGUCAAAGUCAUCGCAGAAACAGCUGUGGCCUAUAUUGGGAUCCGUGAAACCAUUCAAAAAUGUUUUUGUAAUUGGCAUAUAUUACGGAGAAGAAAAACCAAAGGAUGUCAAUAAUUUCUUAAAGAAUUUUGUGACGGAAGCAAAACAUCUGUGCACGGAAGGAAUAUGUAUUAAAGGUAUCCAAUUGCAAUGUACUAUUGAUUCAUUAAUCUGUGACAUGCCCGCAAAAUCAUUUGUUUUGUGCACAAAAGGGCACUCAGGAUAUUCAAGCUGUUCUUCUUGCAUUGUCGAAGGCGAAUAUAUUAAUGGAAGAGUGUGUUUUCCACAAAUCCGUGCUGCUAAAAGAACAGAUGAUGAUUUUAGAAACAAAGUCGACGACGAAUACCACAAUCUCGGAAUUACCAGUUGUUUAGUCGAAAUUCCUAGUUUUGAUCCAGUAACAAACGUGCCAACUGACCCAAUGCAUCUAUUGUAUUUAGGUAUCAUGCGCAGAAUGCUCUACCUAUUAAUAAACGGCGACUUGCAAUAUCGGCUUCCAAAUGUCGAAGUCGAGCGAAUAUCUUUUCAUUUAAAUGAGAUUGCACCGUACAUUCCUGUUGAAUUUGCGAGAAAGCCGAGAUCACUAAAGUUUAUAAAAUUGUGGAAAGCUACUGAAUUCCGACAAAUUUUAUUGUAUACAGGGCCAGUAGCAUUACGAUUAUUACGUCGUGACAUUUACAAUCACUUUGUGACAUUGCACGUGGCAGUGAGAAUUAUGAGCGAUGAAAAAUUACACGAUUUAUUAGAUUACGCACAAGAACUUAUGGAACAUUUUAUUUCAUCUUUUCAGUUGCUGUAAUAUAUCAGGGGCUCAUAAUAUAUCGUCAAAUGUUCAUCAGGCUGAGCAUCUCAUUUCAUAUAUUAAGAAAUUUGGUCCCAUUCAGCAUUUUAGUGCAUUUAUUUACGAAAAUCAUAUGCAAACGUUUAAAAAACUACUAAGAAAACCUAAUCAACCUCUACAACAAAUUGUACGAAGAUGUGCUGAACAAGAAAAAAAUCGAUCACUACUUGCACCACUGAUACCGCAGACUGUUGAAUUUUCUCUAAACAUUGAAUCUGUUCAUACCGCUUUUGUUCGGUUGUACUGAUCCGCAGUAUAAAGUGAUAAAAUCGUCAAGUAUUGAGUUUACGUGCUCGUUCUUGUGCGGAUAGCUGUUGCAGUUUAAAUGACGGGACUAUUAUUUUGAUACAAAAUAUUGCAUAUUGCUCACAACGAAAAAUUCCAGUAAUCAUUGGCAAUGAAUUUUUAAAAAAAAAGAAUCUAUUUUCGGUACCUUGUGAUUCUGCUAUUCUCGGUAUCUUUUUGGUUCAUAAUUUGUCGGAGUUGAAUUCGUGGCCACUAAGAAAUGUUGAUAAGAAAUAUAUGAAAUUGCCAUAUUUAGAUAAUAAAUUUGCAGUACUGCCACUGUUACAUUUAGAUUAAAAUGAUUAAAACUGUAAUGUCGCAAUUUAGAUAAUGACGGAUUUGGAGAACUAUGUUAUCGUCGAAUUUGACGAUGGUAUUCAAAUAAUACCAAACUUGUGGAUUAACAGUGAUAACUAUGAUAAAGCAGUCAGAUUAAUGGAAGACUGUCAGGACUCUUGGCUCGAAGUUCCAAUUAAAAGAAUUUUAGGCAGCACGGGUAAGCUACUAUUUUUAUUUUAUUGAAGUUUAGGAUGUUCUAUUAAUAAAUGUUCACUUGUAUAAAAAUAGAUUAUAUUGUUUUAAAAUGAGUAAAUAAAUUAUAUAAUGUAUUAAAUUAUAUAAGUAUUAUAAAUUAUAUAAUGCUUAUUACUUUCAGCAUCGUACGAGAAAGCUAGGGAAAAAUUAACAGAUGCCGAAAUUUUCUCGGAUGUGCCAACUGGUUCUGACAGGGACGAAAUGUUAAAACGAACCAGAAAAAUGAGAAAAAGGCACGAUCGAUUCAACGAUGCAUCAUCAGAAGAUGACAAUGUCAUAGAAGUUCCUCCGUUUCCUAUAGUUCCGAAAAAAAAUUUACAAAAAAAAUAUAUAACAAAUAAUAAUGAAAAAAAGAAAGGUAGUU